AUGAAUGUAGCUGAUGAUGUUCGUCUUACACAACAAAAAAUCGUAUCAACUUCGUCAGAAAGCAGUCCAACAGUUUUGAAUACGUCCCACAUGAAUUUAAAUUUGUUUGAUGAUGUCGAAAAAGACGGUUUGGAUGGCAACGAUGACGUACGACUAGAGACAAACUCCAUCAAACCAUUAGCAGAGACCGAAGAGACUCCUAGUUUUCGUGAUCGUCGCAUUAAGUUCAACUCUUCAGACAAUAUUUUAGAUCGAUCAUCAACAGAAAAAUCGCCAUCGAAUACAGUACGAGAUAUCUUGAUUCGACGACACGCUCUCGAUUCAAUCGAAAAACAUCAUCUCCGAGCAUAUGUUCGCCAUCGAAAAAAUAGUAUUGUUCAACAUGUUAUUGGUUACAAUUACGAUGAUAAUUCACUUGUUGGUGGUCUUUAUACUCGUGUAGGCAUUGGGAGUAAGCUGAAAAAUAAGAUAUUGAUCGAUGUUGUAUAUCUAACAGAAUUAUUCUAG